UCCUCCGGCAGCAUUUCAACAUCUCCAAUCUGUUUUGAUUCCAAAAGUCACCGAACGCAAACACCAGAGAACAAACGUACCUUUACACCAGCUGCUGUCCCGAGCCUCCGUCACCAUGGACGAGUCUCUCUGCGCAUUAUUACUGCUAUUCUCAUUGUCUCUGCUGUCUCGUGGCGCUCGGGGUUUCGCCCUGUCGCCCAUCGAGCUGGCUCCCAUGCCCUGCACCGACAAGGCGGUGGAGAAGCUGUCUCGUCUGGCCGUCACGUACGUCAACGAGGAUCGAACCGACGGCUACAAGUUUGCCCUCAACCGCAUUGCAAAUGUCCACCUGCACGCUCAGGGCCCAGCGGGCAAUGUGUAUUACCUGGACCUGGACGUCCUGGAGACAAAGUGUCCCAUUGGCAGCCCGAAACCAUGGAAACGCUGUGACGUCAGACCAUUCAUGGAAACGCAAAUCUCUGGCAUCUGUAACACCACCAUGCUCCUCACACCCGAGGGAUACUCCUACCUGUACAGCUACGACUGCACUCUGGUCCCAGACCUCCCAGAGAAGCUCCAGCAGACGUGUCCCACCUGCCCCACCCUGCUCCCAGUGGACAGCCCACAGGCCGUGGCCGCCGCUCAGGUCACCCUGGCGUCCUACAAGAGGCGGUCGGCGGUGGGCGCCGGGCUCGGAGUGAAGAAGAUCACCAGAGCUGCAUCGCGGGUUGCACCUGUGAAAGCCAGUUUUGUGGAGUACAUCGUUCAGGAGUGUCCAGAGGGAGUGACGGAAAGAGGCACCUGCCAGCGGCUGACGCCGGAGUCCGACACGGAGACUGCAGGGUUUUGUGCAGGAUCAGUGCACGGGGACUUGGACGUCCAUCCUGAAGUCCAGGUGUCCUGUGAGAUGUUCAAAGCUCAGAACGUGGAGUUCCUGCGACCCGUGCGGCCUCAGGGUCACGACCUCCCCCGGGACCCCGCGACGACCCCAACCUUCCCGACUCCGACCUUCCCGAUAACAAUCGACGACCUGGAGAAGGACCCUCUGCCUCUUCCCUCCGACCCUGGACCACCCGCUACUGUUCAACCAGAGAUUUUCGACCCCACGCCAAUUCUCGACCCCACGCCGAUUCUCGACCCCACGACCAUUCUCCCCGUGCCCUUUGACCCCCCCGCGGCGCCUCGCCCCUGCAACCCCCUCGCCUCGUCUUCCAGCGAGUCGGCCGAACAGCGACGGCGGGCGCCGCCGGGCGCCGACCCUCUCGCCUCGUCCUCCGAAGAGAUCGGAGGCCCCGCGGCGAUGCGACCGCCGUUUAACUUCCGCUACCAGAGGCGCGACCGCCGCAGGAAGCGGCAGGCCUUGGUGGAGAGCUCCCCGUCUCACACCCCCAGCUUCCUGUCUGAUUUCCCCAGCGGGCGCUCUCCUUUCCGCUCCUGCCCCGGUCCGGCUCGAUACACCACAGUUUAACUAGCGCCGCGGCCGCCGGUGAGGGGGAGGGCCGUUAAACCGCUCCGGCUCCCUCUGCCGCUGGAGGCUUGUAAUAAGUUGUGCUAAUGAGAGGAAUACCAUCUCUUUUUUUUAUUUUUUAUUGUACCUGAAAUUACUUUCUGUGCUGCCGCUGUGAUAUUGCUCCCAAAGCAGCCAAGGCUUAAACCAUAUGUAUUUGAGAAUGGCUAUUUUUAAUAACUACUUGAAUAAAUCUUGGUUUGAAUCUGAAACUGCUCGAUGAACUGACGUACUUCAGCUAACAGUCUGAUCAUACUUAUAUUACUUCUACUUGUGUUUUGGUGAUAAAAUGUCCAUAAAACGUAAAAAAAUA